CAAAAUGUUGUGCUAUUGUCGAUGCCACUUGUGGAGGUUUUAAUUUAGGACAAACAUUCUGAGGAUGUCACAAGUCCUGCUGAACAAAACAUGAAUUUCCUGACAGCCACUGAGGCCCCACAGAAGCCUUCAAGAAGGGAAAAAAGAAGAGACUACUAUCGGUGGGAUCCCAUAAAGAAACCCAAAUUCACCAACAUCAACAUGGAGUCAUACAACAUCUCGCAAACCAUGACAAAUGAGACACAUUUAAUUAUCCCAGAUGCAGCCCACUACAUCAUCGUCAUUCUGUAUGCGUCGGCCACCUUUCUGUCUUUGAGUGGAAACUUGCUGGUCAUCUGGGUCCUGACCAUGGGCUGCAGAACCAGAACAGAUAUCACCGUGUUCCUCAUCAACCUUGCUGUGGCUGACCUGACCAUGGCCAUUUUUUGCAUCCCCCUCACAUUUACUGAGGUUCUCUUGCAACGGUGGCUCUUUGGGGAAUUCCUCUGCCCUCUGGUGCGGUUUGCACAAAUUCUCUCCGUGUCUGUCAGUAUCUACACCCUCAUGACCAUUGGUGUAGACCGUUAUUACGCUGUUUGCCAUCCGCUGAAGUCUCGCAUGGGUCGCUCCCGAAGUAAGAUAUUAAUUGCUGUGAUCUGGAUGGUCUCUUUCAGCAUUGCAUCUGUGCAGUUACUUGUAUCCAGGGCUAAGUACCUGAGUGUGGAAAGUGAAUCUGAAAUGAUCUGUUUGGAAACUGGUUGGCCCAGCAAUACUUACCGGAAGAUCUACACGCUCUUCCUGCUGCUUUUCACUUACAUGCUUCCCCUGUUCAUCCUCACCGUAACGUACUGGAACGUGGGGUUGAGGCUGUGGGGUCGGAGACAACCUGGAAAUAUGGACAGAAACAGAGAAGCUCAGCAAGACAAAUCAAAGCGGAAGGUAAUCAAGAUGCUGUUUAUCAUAGUGGCUGUUUUUGCUCUUUGCUGGCUACCAUUCCACAUUUUCAGUGUUACGUACGAGUUCAAUCCUGCUGUGCUGCCAAAUGAUCCCCUGGAGAUUACUGCCCUUUACUUCUUCUCCCACUACCUGGCCAUGUCACAUAGUUUCUGGAACCCACUCAUUUAUGGAUUCUACAACGAUAAUUUCAGGGCUGACCUGCAAAGAUUGUGCAUUCGUUUCAAUCCAUCCAGAUGCUGCCCUCACAUGUAUGGGGAUAACCUUUCAACCUACAGUGACUCGGAUAUCUUUAGGAAAGAGAAUACCAUAAGUGUGCGUCUGAGCUCAAUGGAAAGUUGUAGAUCUCUGGUCUCCAGGAAGCAACCUGUUGUCCCCACUUCCCGAACAGUCCAAAUUCAUGCUACUUCUGUGAUAUAACAUGCAAUCAAUUUGACUGGGUUCCCAAAGGGUGUUUUACAUGCAGAUGACUGUAAGCUGGUACCAGAUGAAGCUAAUCCUAGCAGUACCAAUUUCUACUUUUGUGUAUAGAUCCACAAAGUAAAGACAACUGGGUUGUCCAGGUCUCUUAGUAAAUUCAGAUGGAAAGAGACCAGCUCAAUGCCAAAAUUGUUAAAAGUUACCUGCCUUGACUUGUCCUUUAUCAGACUCAGCUACAGGUAAAACCAAAUGUAUUGAUACAAAAUUUGGGUAAAUCUCAACACAUUCUGUACAUACGUUAUCUGUUCCCAAGUUUAAAAAUCACAUUUACUGUACAUAAUCCAUUUUCAAUUAUGGUUGAAUGAAAAAAUGUACAUAAUAAAAAUACUAGACAUAAGUAAGCAAAAUAGUUGUGAUUACUGAGCUCUUUGCAUUUGUAAAUACUGAAAAUAAUUACCCCAAAUAAGCAAUGGACUUUAAUUAUGGAUUUAGACAGCAGGAUGUAUAACAUCAAAUUAUUGCUUGGUUUCACACUGGUAUCAUUAUUUAUAAAAUAACAAAAUUGGUUUAAAAUAUAUUUGUUACUUGUCUAGGCUGCAAAGCCGGGUAUCUGAAAAACACAGAUAAUUUGCGAUAAAAUAACUCUAUUGCACGUUUUGGAGAAGCAUUUUCAGUUCAUUUAAAAUGGUGGACUUGUCACAACAGAAAGAGCUGAGAAACUAGCAGUUUCAGUUAAUUCAUUCCAGGAUAACAUUGAAUUCAAAAGUGAGAUGCACAAUUCUAUCCACAACUGUAAAUACGCUGAAAUGUAGUACUUUAUGCUAUUGAUGGAUGCCAGUGUUGCAAACCUCAGCAAAAGAAAAAAUCAUCUAAACAGGACUGUCAACUUCCUAUGCAAAGGAUAUACUUCAAAGACUUCCCAGUUAAUUUCUGAGUUCAAAGUGCAUGAAGCUCCCUUUUGCCUUUUCAGAAUAUGAAAUUAAAUCCCCCUUUGUAUGACUACAGAGGUCCAUUUUGGCAAACAUACUGGUAGAAUGGAAAACUGAUUUUUAUUAAAGGGCUGUGAAAAUCAUCUUUCUAUUGAAGUGACUGCUUUUUCAUUUUUAUGAAUAUUUCCUUUAGGAAACUCUCUUCUAUCGACACUAACGGUGUCCAC